AUGAGCCCUGAAGGAAAGUGGCCUGGCCAGAAGUCUGUAGGAAGAGAGGUCCACUCACAUAAUCCAGAUAAGGUCUUGUCUUCUAUCCCUAGUCUCCAAGUGGUUCUGAAUUCCAUUAUCAAGGCCAUGGUCCCGCUGCUGCAUAUUGCCCUGUUAGUGCUGUUUGUCAUCAUCAUCUAUGCUAUCAUUGGCCUGGAGCUCUUCAUGGGGAAGAUGCAUAAGACCUGCUACAACCAGGAGGGCAUAGCAGAUGUUCCAGCAGAAGAUGAUCCUUCCCCUUGUGCUCUGGAGACCGGCCAUGGGCGGCAGUGCCAGAAUGGCACUGUGUGCAAGCCCGGCUGGGACGGGCCCAAGCACGGCAUCACCAACUUUGACAAUUUUGCCUUCGCCAUGUUGACAGUGUUCCAGUGCAUCACCAUGGAGGGCUGGACAGAUGUGCUAUACUGGGUCAAUGAUGCCGUAGGAAGGGACUGGCCCUGGAUCUAUUUUGUUACACUAAUCAUCAUAGGGUCAUUUUUUGUACUUAACUUGGUUCUCGGUGUUCUUAGCGGAGAGUUUUCCAAAGAGAGAGAGAAGGCCAAGGCUCGGGGAGAUUUCCAGAAGCUGCGAGAGAAGCAGCAGCUGGAAGAGGACCUGAAGGGCUACCUGGACUGGAUCACUCAGGCAGAGGACAUCGACCCCGAGAAUGAGGACGAAGGCAUGGAUGAAGAGAAGCCCCGAAACAUGAGCAUGCCCACAAGUGAGACGGAGUCUGUCAACACUGAAAACGUGGCUGGAGGUGACAUCGAGGGAGAGAACUGCGGGGCCAGGCUGGCCCAUCGGAUUUCCAAAUCAAAGUUCAGCCGCUACUGGCGCCGGUGGAAUCGGUUCUGCAGAAGAAAGUGUCGUGCUGCAGUCAAGUCUAAUGUCUUCUACUGGCUUGUGAUCUUCCUGGUGUUCCUCAACACACUCACCAUCGCCUCAGAACAUUAUAACCAGCCCCACUGGCUCACGGAGGUCCAAGACACAGCCAACAAAGCACUACUGGCCCUUUUCACUGCAGAGAUGCUGCUCAAGAUGUACAGCCUGGGCCUUCAGGCCUACUUUGUGUCCCUCUUCAACCGCUUUGACUGCUUCAUCGUGUGUGGGGGAAUCCUGGAAACCAUCCUGGUGGAGACCAAGAUCAUGUCUCCCUUAGGCAUCUCUGUGCUGAGAUGUGUCCGGCUACUGCGGAUAUUUAAAAUCACAAGGUACUGGAACUCCUUAAGCAACCUGGUGGCAUCCUUGCUGAAUUCUGUGCGCUCCAUCGCCUCCCUGCUGCUACUCCUCUUCCUCUUCAUCAUCAUCUUCUCCCUCCUGGGGAUGCAGCUCUUUGGAGGAAAGUUCAACUUUGAUGAGAUGCAGACUCGGAGGAGCACAUUUGAUAACUUUCCUCAGUCCCUCCUCACUGUGUUUCAGAUCCUGACCGGGGAGGACUGGAAUUCGGUGAUGUAUGAUGGGAUCAUGGCUUAUGGCGGCCCCUCUUUUCCAGGGAUGUUAGUCUGUAUUUACUUCAUCAUCCUCUUCAUCUGUGGAAACUAUAUCCUACUGAAUGUGUUCUUGGCCAUUGCUGUGGACAACCUGGCUGAUGCUGAGAGCCUUACAUCUGCCCAAAAGGAAGAGGAAGAAGAGAAGGAGAGAAAGAAGCUGGCCAGGACUGCCAGUCCAGAGAAGAAACAAGAGAUAGUGGAAAAGCCAGCUGUGGAGGAGACCAAGGAGGAGAAAAUUGAGCUGAAAUCCAUUACAGCUGAUGGAGAGUCCCCACCCACCACCAAGAUCAACAUGGAUGACCUCCAGCCCAAUGAAAAUGAGGAUAAGAGUCCCUACCCUAACCCAGAAAAUACAGGAGAAGAUGAUGAUGAGGAGCCUGAGAUGCCUGUGGGCCCCCGCCCACGACCACUCUCUGAGCUGCACCUUAAGGAAAAGGCAGUGCCCAUGCCAGAAGCCAGUGCGUUUUUCAUCUUCAGCCCCAACAACAGAUUUCGCCUCCAGUGCCACCGCAUUGUCAAUGACACGAUCUUCACCAACUUGAUCCUCUUCUUCAUUCUGCUCAGCAGCAUUUCCCUGGCAGCGGAGGACCCUGUCCAGCACACCUCCUUCAGGAACCAUAUUCUGUUUUAUUUUGACAUUGUUUUCACUACCAUUUUCACCAUUGAAAUUGCUCUGAAGAUCCUAGGCAAUGCAGAUUAUGUCUUCACUAGUAUCUUUACAUUAGAAAUUAUCCUUAAGAUGACUGCUUAUGGGGCUUUUCUACACAAGGGCUCUUUCUGCCGGAACUACUUCAACAUCUUGGACCUGCUGGUGGUCAGCGUGUCCCUCAUCUCCUUUGGCAUCCAGUCCAGUGCAAUCAAUGUGGUGAAGAUCUUGAGAGUUCUGCGAGUCCUCAGGCCCCUGAGGGCCAUCAACAGGGCCAAGGGGCUAAAGCACGUGGUCCAGUGCGUGUUUGUCGCCAUCCGGACCAUAGGGAACAUCGUGAUUGUCACCACGCUGCUCCAGUUCAUGUUCGCCUGCAUUGGGGUCCAGCUUUUCAAGGGAAAGCUCUAUACCUGUUCAGAUAGUUCCAAACAGACCGAGGCGGAGUGCAAGGGUAACUACAUCACAUACAAGGAUGGGGAAGUUGACCACCCCAUCAUCCAGCCCCGCAGCUGGGAGAACAGCAAGUUUGACUUUGACAAUGUUCUGGCGGCCAUGAUGGCCCUCUUUACCGUCUCCACCUUUGAGGGGUGGCCAGAGCUGCUGUACCGCUCCAUCGACUCCCACACAGAAGACAAGGGCCCCAUCUACAACUACCGUGUGGAGAUCUCCAUCUUUUUCAUCAUCUACAUCAUCAUCAUUGCCUUCUUCAUGAUGAACAUCUUCGUGGGUUUCGUCAUCGUCACCUUCCAGGAGCAGGGGGAGCAGGAAUACAAGAACUGUGAGCUGGACAAGAACCAGCGACAGUGUGUGGAGUAUGCCCUCAAGGCCCGGCCCCUGCGGAGGUACAUCCCCAAGAACCAGCACCAGUACAAAGUGUGGUAUGUGGUCAACUCCACCUACUUUGAAUACCUGAUGUUCGUCCUCAUCCUGCUCAACACCAUCUGCUUGGCCAUGCAGCACUAUGGCCAGAGCUGCCUAUUCAAAAUCGCCAUGAACAUCCUCAACAUGCUCUUCACCGGCCUCUUCACUGUGGAGAUGAUUCUGAAGCUCAUUGCCUUCAAACCCAAGGGUUACUUUAGUGAUCCCUGGAAUGUUUUUGACUUCCUCAUCGUAAUUGGCAGCAUAAUUGACGUCAUUCUCAGUGAAACUAAUCACUAUUUCUGUGAUGCAUGGAAUACAUUUGACGCCUUGAUUGUUGUGGGUAGCAUUGUUGAUAUAGCAAUCACCGAGGUAAACCCAGCUGAACAUACCCAAUGCUCUCCCUUUAUGAAUGCAGAGGAGAACUCUCGCAUCUCCAUCACCUUCUUCCGCCUCUUCCGGGUCAUGCGCCUGGUCAAGCUGCUGAGCCGUGGGGAGGGCAUCCGGACCCUGCUGUGGACCUUCAUCAAGUCCUUCCAGGCUUUGCCUUAUGUGGCCCUUCUGAUAGUGAUGCUAUUCUUCAUCUACGCAGUGAUUGGGAUGCAGGUGUUUGGGAAAAUUGCCCUAAAUGACACCACAGAGAUCAACCGCAACAACAACUUUCAGACCUUCCCCCAAGCUGUGCUGCUUCUCUUCAGGUGUGCCACAGGGGAGGCAUGGCAGGACAUCAUGCUGGCCUGCAUGCCAGGGAAGAAGUGUGCCCCUGAGUCUGAGCCCAGCAACAGCACGGAAGGGGAAACGCCCUGUGGCAGCAGCUUCGCCGUCUUUUACUUCAUCAGUUUCUACAUGCUCUGUGCCUUCCUGAUCAUCAACCUCUUUGUAGCUGUCAUCAUGGAUAACUUUGACUACCUGACAAGGGACUGGUCAAUCCUUGGUCCCCAUCAUCUGGAUGAAUUUAAAAGAAUCUGGGCAGAGUAUGAUCCUGAAGCCAAGGGUCGUAUCAAACACCUAGAUGUGGUGACCCUGCUCCGGCGGAUUCAGCCCCCACUAGGUUUUGGGAAGCUGUGCCCUCACCGUGUGGCUUGCAAACGCCUGGUCUCCAUGAACAUGCCUCUUAACAGUGAUGGGACUGUCAUGUUCAAUGCCACCUUGUUUGCCCUGGUCCGGACAGCCCUGCGGAUCAAAACAGAAGGGAACCUAGAACAAGCCAAUGAAGAGCUGAGGGCCAUAAUCAAGAAGAUCUGGAAGCGGACCAGCAUGAAGCUGCUAGACCAAGUGGUGCCUCCUGCAGGUGAUGAUGAGGUCACCGUUGGCAAGUUUUAUGCUACUUUCCUGAUCCAAGAGUACUUCCGGAAAUUCAAGAAGCGCAAAGAGCAGGGGCUUGUGGGCAAACCUUCCCAGAGGAACGCCCUGUCCCUGCAGGCUGGCUUGCGCACGCUGCAUGACAUUGGGCCUGAGAUCCGACGGGCCAUCUCUGGAGAUCUAACGGCUGAGGAGGAGCUGGACAAGGCCAUGAAGGAGGCUGUGUCUGCUGCCUCCGAAGACGACAUCUUCAGGAGGGCCGGUGGCCUGUUCGGCAACCACGUCAGCUACUACCAAAGCGACGGCAGGAGCGCCUUCCCCCAGACCUUCACCACCCAGCGCCCACUGCACAUCAACAAGGCGGGUAACAGCCAAGGCGACACCGAGUCGCCAUCCCACGAGAAACUGGUGGACUCCACCUUCACCCCCAGCAGCUACUCGUCCACUGGCUCCAACGCCAACAUCAACAAUGCCAACAACACUGCCCUGGGCCGCUUCCCCUGCCCUGCUGGUUACCCCAGCGCGGUCAGCACCGUGGAGGGCCAUGGGCCCCCCUUGUCUCCUGCUGUCCGGGUGCAGGAGGCAGCAUGGAAGCUCAGCUCCAAGAGGUGCCACUCCCGGGAGAGCCAGAUAGCCAUGGUGUGUCAGGAGGAGGUCUCUCAGGGCGAGACCUAUGACGUGAAGAUGAGUGAAGACACGGAGUACUGCAGCGAGCCCAGCCUUAUCUCCACAGAGAUGCUCUCCUAUCAGGAUGAUGAAAAUCGGCAAUUAACACCACCCGAGGAGGACAAGAGGGACAUCCGGCAAUCUCCAAAGAGGGGCUUCCUCCGCUCUGCCUCACUAGGUCGAAGGGCCUCCUUCCACCUGGAAUGUCUGAAGCGACAGAAGAAUCAAGGGGGAGACAUCUCUCAGAAGACAGUCCUGCCCUUGCAUCUGGUUCAUCAUCAGGCAUUGGCGGUGGCAGGCCUGAGCCCCCUCCUGCAGAGAAGCCAUUCCCCCAGCACAUCCCCCAGGCCCUGUGCCACCCCGCCAGCCACGCCGGGCAGCCGAGGCUGGCCCCCACAGCCUAUCCCCACCCUGCGGCUGGAGGGAGCCGAGUCCAGCGAGAAACUCAACAGCAGCUUCCCGUCCAUCCACUGCAGCUCCUGGUCUGGGGAGCCCACGCCCUGUGGUGGGGGCAGCAGCACCAUCCGGAGAGCCCGGCCAGUGUCCCUCACUGUGCCUAACCAGGCCGGGGGCCGGGGCAGGCAAUUCCACGGCAGCGCCAGCAGCCUGGUGGAAGCGGUCUUGAUUUCAGAAGGACUGGGGCAGUUUGCUCAAGAUCCCAAGUUUAUCGAGGUCACAACCCAGGAGCUGGCUGACGCCUGUGACAUGACCAUAGAGGAGAUGGAGAACGCGGCAGACAACAUCCUCAGUGGGGGUGCCCAGCAGAGCCCCAACGGCACCCUACUACCUUUUGUUAACUGCAGGGACCCAGGGCAGGACAGGGCAGAGGUCCGGGAGGGCGAGACCUGCGCGCCCCCCCUGGCGUGUCGGAAGAGCGAGGAGGAGCUCCAGGACAGCAGAGCCCACGUCGGCAGCCUGUAGUAGCUAGGGCGGGGAGACGCUGGGUUUUUUAUUUGUUUCAAUGUUCCUAAUGGGUUCGUUUCAGAAGUGCCUCACUGUUCUCGUGACCUGGAGUUAACCGGAACAGCGUCUUCAUUCAUUUCGUUGGGACAAGACGCAGAGUUGGGUGGUGGUGGAGAGUCAGUUUUUCGGGGGCAUGGAAGGCAGCAACCCCAGUUUGUGUUGUGUGCACAGAGGUAGAGUGGUGAGGAGGCGUGGAAGAGUCGGGGAGGGAGAGCAAGAGAAGAGACACCUGCCCUCGCCUCCGGGCAUGAAAGAGAACCUCAGCUUCCUGCGGUAGCCCUCACCGAAAGGACCCUAUGUCAAACGGGUGUCUUUCAACUUUGCUUGUAAAAAAAAAAAAAAAAAAUCAUUUUGCACAUAUUCUGUAUGAGCCUCACUGUCUCCAUAGAGCCAGGGCCCUGUGGAUUUGAAGAAGGAAGCAGGGGUAGGACUUCAGCGAGGACCCAGGCCCAUCCCAGAGAGGGAGGAGGACCAGCAAGAAGCCGCAGGAGCUCGGGAACCCGGAGCGGAGGGCUAGGGGGCGUGGCGGCCUCACGGCCAAGGCCCCCGGCCACGCCCACUGGUCUGCGUCAGGACCACCUUGCCUGCACUGGGCGCCCAGCUCCAGAACGGCGGCUGGGCCAGCGUGGGGGGGAGUCCCUUCUGCCAGGGAAGGGGCAGCCAGCUCUUGACGCGAGGAGGUGGUGCUGAGCUUCUGUUGAGCGCUCUUUUGUUUUGUGGUUUGACAUUUUUCUU